GCAGAAAGGGGGCGUGGCCUGAGUUGCCACACCAGGCCCCGCCCCUGUCCCUUCCCCCAGCGCCACCAUGGCCCCCCCCAGGACCCUCGGCCUGGUCCUGCUGCUGCUCGCCUCAGGAUUGGCCGCGGCGGAGCGAGAUUGUUCCGGGUGCCUCCUGGGGCCGGGACCAAUCACAGCACUCGUUGUUGGUGACGUCAUCCUGACGCUGCUGAUCGCGGGCGGAGCCUAUUGGCUGGCAGGGCGGGGCCACAGAGCCCCGCCCAAGCCCCGCCCCCCGGAGCAGGACUCGCACUACCAGGAGCUGCAGGGCGCGCGCGGGGACAUCUACAGCGAGCUCAAGCGCUGAGCGCAGCCUCCCCCGCGGCCUCCGCCCUCCGCUGCCGCCAUUAAAGCGCUUUUUGCCCCUUCUGCA